UUCCGGCUUGGCUCUUUGGAGCUGAAGUGGCUUGAGAAAUACCGAGGAGAAGGGUUCUCUCAGGCCGCCAUCGCUGAAGACGAGUUCUUCUGCCGCGGAAAGGACGCGGGAGGUCGGGUCGCACGUUGAGCAAAGCCUUACGGCACCGUGAAACGUUUUCUCGGCCGUCGGCCCACGUUCGACGCCCCUAACCUGUGAACAAAAUGGCGGCGCCAGAAAACUCCUCGGCCCCUCUGAGGCCGGUGAAGCUGAUCCAGUUUGGGAUCCUCAGUCCUGAGGAGAUAAAACGGAUGUCUGUCACUGUGCCUGAAGGCAUCCGGUAUCCCUAUACCAUGGAAGGGGGUCGGCCAAAAAUUGGGGGUCUCAUGGACCCCCGACAGGGGGUAAUUGACAGGGCUUCCAAGUGCAGGACUUGUGCUGGAAACAUGUCGACUUGCCCCGGGCACUUUGGCCACAUUGAACUCGCCAAACCUGUUUUUCACGUCGGGUACCUGGCAAAGAUUGUCAAGAUCCUGAGAUGUGUGUGCUACUAUUGUUCGCGGCUCCUCAUUGAUCCGAGUGACGAGAAGGUGAAGGAUAUUCUGGCAAAGUCGAAAAGCCACCCACGCCAUAGACUACAGUACAUCUAUGAUCUUGCCAAGACAAAGACAGUGUGCGAAGGGGGAGACAGCAUGGACUCCAAAUUCAACCACACAACUGAUCUGGAAGAACCGAAAUCGACACCAAGUGGGUGUGGAAGGUUCCAGCCAAAGUACCGCAAAGCUUGUCUAGAGCUGACGGCCGAGUGGAUCAAGGUCAACGACGAUAACCAGGAGAAGAAAAUCUUCCUCAGUGCCGAGAGAGUGCUGGAAAUCUUCAAAAACAUCAGUGAUGAUGACUCGUACAUUAUUGGCAUGGAUCCAAGGUUUGCUCGACCGGAUUGGACGGUUAUCUCCGUCCUUCCCGUCCCUCCUCUCUCCGUCCGACCUGCUGUCGUCAUGCACGGCUCAGCGCGCAACCAGGAUGAUUUGACUCACAAGUUGGGAGACAUUGUCAAGUGCAACCAGCAACUCAUCAGAAACGAACAGAACGGCGCAGCCUCACACAUAAUCCUUGAAGACAUCAAAAUGUUACAGUUUCACGUCGGCACUCUGAUCGAUAACGAAAUACCAGGACUCCCCAGGGCUCUACAGCGUGGCGGGAGGCCCCUGAAAUCAGUGAAGCAACGACUGAAGAGCAAAGAGGGGCGUGUCAGGGGAAACCUGAUGGGAAAGAGAGUGGAUUUCUCGGCACGUGCUGUCAUUACUCCAGACCCCAACCUGAGCAUCGACCAAGUCGGAGUACCCAGAACUAUCGCUCAGAACCUUACUUUCCCGGAGAUCGUUACCCCAUUCAACAUUGACAGGAUGCAGGAGCUGGUCGCCCGCGGCAACAACCAGUACCCGGGUGCAAAGUACAUCAUCAGGGACAACGGAGAGCGAAUCGACCUCCGCUAUCACCCGAAACCCAGCGAUCUUCACCUCCAGUUUGGCUACAAGGUGGAGCGUCAUCUCAGAGACGACGACCUCAUCGUUUUCAAUCGGCAGCCAACCCUACACAAAAUGUCCAUGAUGGGCCACAGAGUCAAGAUUCUUCCCUGGUCCACCUUUAGACUCAACCUCAGUGUGACUACGCCCUACAAUGCCGAUUUUGACGGAGACGAGAUGAACCUACACGUGCCUCAGAGUCUCGAGACAAAGGCGGAAAUCCAAGAGUUGUUGAUGGUUCCUCGCAACAUUAUGACUCCUCAGAGCAACCGGCCUGUGAUGGGCAUCGUGCAGGACUCGCUGCUUGCAAGUAGCAAAAUGACAAAGAGAGACGUCUUCAUUGAAAAGGAGGAAGUGAUGAAACUGCUGAUGUGGAUCCCAUCCUGGGACGGCAAGAUGCCCCAGCCUGCCAUACUGAAACCAAAACCUCUCUGGACGGGGAAGCAGGUUUUCUCUCUCCUGAUACCGGACCACACAAACUGCAUCAGAACUCACUCCACCCACCCUGACAACGAGGACGGCAGCCCUUACAAGUGGAUUUCACCUGGAGAUACAAAGGUACUGAUAGAGAACGGGGUCCUCCUCUCUGGCAUCCUCUCAAAAGACACUCUGGGUAACAAGGCCGGUUCUCUCUUGCACAUCAUCACCAUGGAGUGGGGUCACGAAGUCGCCAGGGCCUUCUACGGCAGCGUUCAGAUGCUCGUCAACAAUUACCUGUUGAUUGAGGGGCACAGCAUUGGGAUCGGGGACACAAUCGCCGACAGCGUCACAUACAACGAUAUCCAGAGGGCCAUCCGCCAAGCAAAGAGUGAUGUCAUAGAGGUCAUCAAGAAAGCACACAACAACGAGCUGGAGCCGUCGCCGGGAAACACGCUGAGGCAGACUUUCGAAAACCAGGUGAACCGGAUUCUGAACGAGGCUCGAGACAAGACAGGUAGCUCUGCCCAGCGCAGUCUCUCCGAGUUCAACAACUUCAAAGUCAUGGUGACGGCUGGUUCGAAAGGCUCAAAGAUCAACAUCUCGCAGGUUAUUGCCUGCGUGGGUCAGCAGAACGUGGAAGGUAAACGGAUCCCGUUCGGAUUCCGGCACCGCACGCUCCCUCACUUCAUCAAGGACGACUACGGCCCGGAGAGCAAGGGGUUCGUCGAGAACUCGUAUCUCGCGGGGCUCACCCCAAACGAGUUCUACUUCCACGCCAUGGGCGGUCGAGAGGGCCUCAUUGACACUGCAGUGAAGACCUCGGAGACAGGUUACAUCCAGAGAAGGCUGAUGAAAGCCAUGGAAGGCAUCGUGGUGCAAUAUGAUGGAACAGUGCGAAACUCCAACCGACAGCUCACCCAGCUUCGCUACGGGGAAGACGGCAUGGACGGAGCGUUCAUGGAGUUUCAACAGCUGCCCGGAAUCAAACCCUCCCACGCCUCUUUCAAGAGGAGAUUCUACUUUGACUGCUCUGACCAGAGGAUGCUGACUCGAUGUUUCAAAGAGGACGUUGCGUGGAAGGUGAUGAAGAGCACUGAGGACCACGAGGUGCUCCAGCAAGAGUGGACCCAACUCCAGGAAGACAGGGAGGCACUCCGCUCCAUCUUCCCCACCGGGAACACCAAGGUGGCUCUACCAGUAAACCUGGGGAGGCUUAUUUGGAAUGCCCAGAAGUUGUUUCAUCUCGAUGUACGUGGGCAUACUGACCUGGACCCCGUCAAAGUCGUGAAAGACGUGCGAGAGCUGAGCAGUAAGCUGGUGAUUGUCAAGGGAAACGAUCCUCUCUCGGUGGAGGCACAGAAAAACGCAACCCUUCUCUUCAACAUCCUACUUCGCUCCACGCUCUGCGCGCGGCGGGUCGCCGAAGAACACAAGUUGUCAGCUGAAGCCUUUGAGUGGAUUAUUGGGGAAAUCGAGAGUAGAUUUCAACAGGCGCAGGUACAACCUGGUGAGAAUGUGGGGGCGCUGGCAGCCCAGUCGCUCGGUGAGCCUGCCACACAGAUGACCCUGAACACGUUCCACUACGCCGGAGUGUCGGCCAAGAACGUCACUCUCGGAGUACCCCGUCUCAAGGAGAUAAUAAACGUCUCCAAGAGGCCCAAGACACCGUCCCUCACCAUCUUCCUUCACGGACAGGCUGCCAGAGAUGCGGAAAAGUGCAAGGAUGUCCAGUGCAGGAUAGAGUACAUCACUCUGAGGAAGGUCACCGCCAACACGGCCAUCUACUACGAUCCAGAACCUCUCAACACAGUCAUUCCCGAGGACCAAGAGUUUGUGAGCGUCUACUACGAGAUGCCCGACUUUGACCCGGCGCGGAUCUCCCCCUGGCUCCUCCGACUGGAGCUGGACAGGCGCAGGAUGACGGACAAGAAGCUCACGAUGGAGCAGAUUGCCGAGAAGAUCAAUCACCAUUUCGGCGACGACUUGAACUGCAUUUUCAACGACGACAACGCCGAGAAAUUGGUCCUCCGCAUCCGUCUCAUGUCCGGAGACGACUCCAAGUUCCAGGGAGGAGAGGAGGAUGAGUUAGAGAACAAAAUGGAGGACGACAUGUUUUUGCGAUGCCUGGAGUCAAAUCUGCUCUCGGACAUGGCUCUUCAGGGGAUCGAGCGGAUCAACAAGGUCUACAUGCACUACCCGGAGCAGGACUCGAAGAAGAAGAUUAUCAUUAACGAGGAGGGGCAGUAUAAAGCAAUCAAGGAGUGGAUUCUGGAGACGGAUGGGGUCAACCUCAUGAGAGUCCUCAGCGAGCCUUCCGUCGAUCCAACGCGAACCACCUCCAACCACAUUGUGGAAAUCUUCUCUGUGUUGGGUAUAGAGGCAGUCAGGAAGGCAGUUGAGAAAGAGCUGCAUCACGUCAUCUCGUUCGACGGGUCCUACGUGAACUACCGCCACUUGGCCCUCCUCUGUGAUGUAAUGACAGCACGUGGUCACCUCAUGGCUGUCACACGUCACGGGAUAAAUCGACAGGACAUUGGGCCACUCAUGCGAUGCUCUUUCGAAGAAACGGUGGAUGUUCUGAUGGAAGCCUCAGCUCACUGUGAAGCAGACAGGAUGCAGGGAGUGAGUGAGAACAUAAUGCUGGGUCAGCUACCCAAGGGAGGCACGGGGGCCUUCAACCUCAUGCUGGAUGCCGAGAAAUGCAAACAGGCCAUGGAAAUCCCCACCACCAUGUCGAUGAUGAUGCCACUGGAGCUGUACGGGAUGGAUUCGGGGUCUGCCAGUGGACAAACGCCGGCGAUGACUCCGUGGAGUGCCGGAGCAACUCCGUUUGCAGAUUGGAGUCAGACAGGAAUGACGCCCAGUGGAGGGGCAGCUUUUUCGCCGGCGCCGACCGAUGCCAGUGGGUUCAGUCCCGGGUACAGUCCGGCUUGGACUCCGGGUCCUUCAUCUCCGGGAUUUGGUCCACAGAGCCCCGGAUUUUCUCCGAGUCCUCUUGAUGGCGGGUCUUACUCGCCGGCAAGCCCGCAAUACUCGCCUACUUCUCCCGGGAUGAGCCCAUCGAGUCCAAAUUAUUCCCCUUCAUCCCCACGCUACUCCCCCGCGUCGCCAAAGUACUCGCCCGCUUCACCAAAAUAUUCACCAACUUCUCCCGGAUAUUCACCAGCCUCGCCAACUUAUUCGCCGACGAGUCCGUCGUACAGUCCGGCGAGCCCGAGCUAUUCACCUGCUUCGCCGUCUUAUUCACCAACAAGCCCAGGAUACUCCCCCACAAGUCCUAGCUAUUCACCAACGAGCCCAGGGUACUCUCCUACCAGCCCAAGUUAUUCGCCCACCUCUCCUUCUUAUUCUCCCGCAAGCCCCAGUUAUAGUCCAUCCAGCCCGAGUUACAGUCCCUCGAGUCCCAGCUAUUCUCCCUCGAGUCCCAGCUAUUCACCUUCGAGUCCCAGUUACUCGCCUUCGAGUCCCAGCUAUUCUCCCUCGAGUCCCAGCUAUUCACCAUCAAGCCCAAGUUAUUCUCCCUCGAGUCCCAGCUAUUCACCAUCAAGCCCAAGUUAUUCUCCCUCGAGUCCCAGCUAUUCACCAUCAAGCCCAAGUUACUCGCCAUCGAGCCCCAGUUACUCGCCCUCCAGCCCUAGUUACUCACCCUCGAGUCCCAACUACAGUCCGUCUUCGCCAAGCUAUUCUCCGAGUUCGCCAAAGUAUUCCCCCAGUUCACCCAAGUAUUCCCCAAGCUCGCCGAAAUAUUCCCCGAGCUCUCCAAGUUAUUCUCCAUCGAGCCCCACCUAUUCGCCCGGUUCACCGUCUUAUUCCCCAUCCUCGCCAAAAUACAGUCCCUCUUCCCCCACUUAUUCCCCCUCGUCCCCCAAAUAUUCCCCCAGUUCCCCCAAAUACUCUCCCUCCUCCCCCAAAUAUUCGCCCAGCUCCCCGAAAUAUUCCCCCUCCUCGCCCAAGUAUUCACCGAGCUCGCCAAAGUAUUCGCCAUCAAGUCCGCAGUAUACGCCGUCGAGCCCCCAAUACUCUCCUUCGAGCCCGCAAUAUUCGCCCUCGAGUCCGAAUUACAGCCCUUCGAGCCCGAGUUAUUCGCCGUCCACCCCAGCCUCUACGAAAUACAGUCCCACGUCGCCAGCCUAUACACCGUCAUCGCCGAAGUACACGCCAAGUUCCCCGCAGUAUACGCCUACAAGUCCACAGUACUCCCCCACAGAUACUGCUUACACCCUUUCAUCGGACGAAGAAGACUAGCAGGUGAUGUGCAGGACCAGAGACUACGUAUCAACUUACUCUAAAGAACAACGUUUUUACUUGCAUUUACAUACAUAUUAUUAUGCCCGUUUGAUUUGUGCGCUUGCGCAGUUGUUAUCUGAUUUGUGUAACUUCGUCCAAAGUGCGCAUGCGCGGCCGGUGCAAAAAGCAGUCGGUGUGUAGUGGGUGUGGAGAGACGGUCGACGAAAAGGCGACUGGAAAAGCUCACGAUGUGCGGAAUAUUCGGCUACCUCAACUACCUGUGUCCGCGGACCAGGCACUACAUCCUGGAGGCCCUGGUGAAGGGGCUGAAGAGGUUGGAGUACAGGGGAUACGAUUCCGCGGGACUCGCCUUCGACGGAGACGGGAAGAUAACAGUCCAGGGCGAGAGUCUACAGGAGACACGGUAAAACACAGUAAAAGAAAUAUUUUUACACACGCACUUGUGUGAGGAUAAUAAUUAGCUAGUGUCCAGGAGCGAUAAAAAUAUUGUAGGUUGCAUAUUUUUGAAAGUACACCUUUUCGUCCGAUUUCUUUCUUGUUUGCAGGAUUAUGCGACGGAAAGGGAAAGUCAACGCUCUAAAUGAAUUAGUCUUCUCUGUGGAGGAUGUAGAUUUGAGUGUGGAGCUGUCCGUGCACAUUGGCAUUGCUCACACGCGAUGGGCCACUCAUGGGGUCCCCAAUGAAGUCAACAGCCACCCUCAGAGAUCAGGGGAAAAUAAUGUGUUUGUCUGCGUCCACAAUGGAAUUACCACAAACUACAAAGACAUCAAGAAAUUUCUGCUGGAUAGAAGGUUCAAGUUUGAGAGCGACACGGACACCGAAGUCAUUCCAAAGCUGAUGCAGUAUCUCUACGAGACUCAGACCCAGGCAGGAGACAGACCUACUUUUCAAGAGCUCAUGGAACAGAUUGUAAUACAACUGGAAGGGGCAUUUGCGCUGGUGUGUAAGAGCAGUCACUAUCCCGGCGAGGUCGUCGCCACUCGCAGGGGAAGUCCCCUGUUAGUCGGUAUCCGUAGCAACCAUCACGUGAUCACCAACAACAUCCCCGUGUAUGUCAGUUCUCACAACAUUGCGGGGUACCCCACAUACCACGACCCCACUACCACGGUACCCCCAUCCCCCGACUUCCGGCGAGCCAACUCCGUGACACGGUUCAACGUGCAGGAGGGAGAGAAAGGAGGGAGAGAGGUGGAGUACUUCUUUGCCUCUGACGCCAGUGCGAUAAUUGAGCACACCAACCGUGUCAUCUAUCUAGAGGACAAUGACGUUGCAGCUGUCAACAAUGAUGGAAUUCUGACCAUACAUCACGUCAAACGAGACACUCAGACUGUUGCCACGGCAACCCAACGGGAGGUCCACACGCUCAAGAUGAAGAUACAGGAGAUUAUGAAAGGGAACUUUGACUGCUUCAUGCAGAAGGAGAUAUUUGAGCAGCCGGAGAGCGUGGUCAAUACGAUGAGAGGGCGGGUCCGCUUUGACGAGGGCAAAGUGGUGCUGGGAGGACUCGUUGAUCAGAUUGGUGUCAUAAGGAGGUGUCGUCGACUUGUGAUGAUCGCCUGUGGAACCAGCUUUCACUCUGCUUUAGCUACUCGCCAACUAAUGGAAGAGCUAACUGAACUGCCGGUGAUGGUUGAACUGGCUUCUGAUUUCCUCGACCGAAGCACCCCAAUCUUUAGGGAUGAUGUCACCUUUUUCAUCAGCCAAUCAGGCGAGACGGCAGACACACUGAAUGCCCUCCAGUACUGCAAGCGUCGAGGUGCCCUUGCAGUUGGCAUCACCAACACAGUCGGUAGCUCCAUCAGUCGCGGCACUCACUGCGGAAUACACAUCAACGCCGGCCCUGAAAUAGGCGUGGCCAGUACAAAGGCGUAUACCAGUCAGUUUGUUGCCAUGGUGAUGUUUGCCCUGGUGAUGUCAGAGGAUCGUGUCAGCAUGCAGCCGCGACGACAGCAGAUCAUUCAGGCCCUCCAGAAACUACCUGGUUUGAUAAAGGAGACACUGAAGCUGGACAACCAGAUCCGCUCUCUUGCAGAGGACAUCCACAAACAAAAGUCGCUCAUUGUGAUGGGGCGUGGCUACAACUUUGCCACCUGCCUCGAAGGAGCCUUAAAAAUAAAGGAGCUGACCUACAUGCACUCGGAAGGGAUCCUAAGUGGAGAGUUGAAACACGGACCGCUUGCUAUGAUCGAUAAGGACAUGCCUUGCAUCAUGAUUGUCACCAAGGACAACACAUAUACGAAAUGCCAAAAUGGGCUAUCACAAGUCACUGCUAGAGGGGGGCGACCCAUCGUUAUUGGGGAACAGGGAGACGAGUAUGUCCGGAAAAACUCGUUCCGUUGCCUGGAGAUUCCGUCUACUGUGGACUGUCUCCAAGGAAUCUUGGCCAUUAUUCCACUCCAGCUGCUUUCCUUUCACAUUGCGACACUGCGAGGAUUUGACGUUGAUUGUCCACGCAACUUGGCCAAGAGUGUCACGGUCGAAUAAAAGGUGUACAUUUUGAAGAUAUUUCUAACAUUCUGCCAGCCCUGAUUUUUUUUCAUUACGGCAACAAUUUAAUAGCUUCUCCGCUCUAUAGCGAACUCCCCUUUUUCACUGAAAUCUACAAUUUUGUUAAUAAAUUUCGUGAUUAACCAAAGAAAUAAUGAAUGGCUAAGUGGCUUCUUUUCGACAGCUUUCCUCUGUUAACUGGUUUUGUUGACAAAGUGACUAACUGCUAAUUAUCAUGAAGAGAAAAGCUGUGAAACACGAUAUGCACAGAGUGUGAUUUAUGCACGAUCAUUCCAGAUUGGUAUUUUACGAGUGAGCUACUAAAGCUAUAGGUUAGAAAACCUGACCACAUAGUGAAUAGUAUCGUCAGACUAGACUCAUUUCCAAUAGUAGCUGCCCCAUAUAGGCAGAGGGUGGGCCUCUGUGUUAAUGACCCAGUGAUCCAGAGAAAUGACGCUGUGAUCGUCGGAAAAGAGAAGAAAUAGGUAUUUCAGCGUCUCGCCCAAAAAGAAACUCUCCAUCUUGUCUCGGUAGUCUGGGUGGGUGGUAUUUGUCACGUCAUUUAUGGAAGAGUAACCGCCACCUUCGAGUCUCGUGUACUUGUUGAAUGCCUGCAGAAUGUUCCAGCCCCAUUUCUGGUACUUUGUGUUGUUUGUGAGUCGGUACAGGUAGAAUAGAGAUUCAACGGUUUCAGGACGCAGAAGAUUGUGCCGGUCCAAAGGCUUCACAUAGAGGUCUUCGGCAGCUCCGGGCUCCGUAUUGAAGUGCACAAUUUCUGGGCUUAGUUUCGUCGGCAUGUCUUUGUACAUACGAUAGCACGUGUAUAUUAAGUUCUUGGCAAUGGCCAUGUACUUGGCUGGCAGACCGUUGUGAACUCCCAGAGCCAAUGUGCCUGGGAGGUAACACACUAAAUGAUCCAUCUUAGGGUAGAAUUCCCCCCUCUCCAGCUCUUCACCAAUAAAGGUGAGGUUAGACGGUUUCGAGUGCCUCAGGAGCCUUUUCUUGACUCCAGACAUUG